AUGUGUUUUGAAAAAAGAAGCACUGCGGUGUUUGUCGUCAGUAAAGCAGCAUCCGCAGCGUCGCCCUCCCCCAAGUGAUGCUCAUCGUCUUUUUUUUUUUUUGGUCAUAUUUUCUAACACUAUAAAUGUGCUGGUGAUGCAAACGAGCGAUGAUCCAGCUGAAGACGGCAUGGCCCUGUGAAGCGUCUACUCGCAGCAUCAUCACCCGGACCGGACGCUGCGGGCGUUCGUCAUGGAGGCCGACUUGUCCGAAUUGUCUGCGUCCCUUCGCAAGGAGGACGCCGGUUCCAGCGAGGCGGAGGAUCCAGGUACGACCCAUCAAAGUCUCAAGACGCAAGAGGAAGCCUCACUGUCUGCUUCGGUCAUGGCAGAGGAGAGCACCGAGUUCAUCCAGCUCGGCCGCACCGACUCGUCCCUGGCGAGUGAUUUCCUGCCCAAGGCUGGCAAGUCGGCGUUGAACCGGCCUGCGGAGAACUCGUCCCCCUCCUCGGCCUCCGCUGGACGCCGCAAUAAAACGCUGGCCCGCCGGACCUCGCCACCUGGCUUCCUACCGCGACUUGGCGUGCCCAGUAGGAAGUACCUGGCGCUAAUCCUGCAGGACUCUCGGUGCUUCCUGUUCUGCAUGUGCUACCUGACGUUCAUCCAGUCCCUGAUGGUAUCGGGCUACCUGAGCAGCGUGAUCACGACCAUCGAGAAACGUUACAGUCUCCGCAGCUCUGAGUCGGGUCUCCUCGUCAGCUGCUUUGACAUCGGCAGCCUCCUGGUCGUGGUGUUCAUCAGCUACUUCGGGGGCAGGGGGCAGAGGCCUCGCUGGCUGGCGGUGGGCGGCGUCUUCAUCGCAGUGGGUGCCGCCCUUUUCUCACUGCCGCACUUCAUCUCACCCGCCUACCAGAUCCAGGAGGUCAACUCGUCGUCGGCCAACGAGGGUCUGUGCUUGAGCGUCAACGCCAGCCGCAGAGACCGCGUGGACAUGGCGUCCUGCCCGCGGGACCAGGAGGGCAACGAGCACAACCUGUAUGUGGCACUCUUCAUUGUUGCGCAGAUCCUGGUUGGCAUGGGCUCCACCCCCAUUUACACUCUGGGGCCGACCUACCUGGAUGACAACGUCAAGAAGGAGAACGCCUCGCUCUACCUAGCCAUCAUGUACGUGAUGGGCGCCUUGGGCCCGGCGGCGGGCUACCUGCUGGGCGGAGUCCUCAUUGGCUUCUACGUGGAUCCCAAGACAGCGGUUAACAUCGACCAGAGCGAUCCCCGCUUUAUCGGAAACUGGUGGAGCGGCUUCCUGCUGUGCGCGGUGGCCAUGCUGCUGGUCAUCUUCCCCAUGUUUACGUUCCCGAAGAAGCUGCCACCGCGACACAAGAAGAAGAAGAGGAGGAAAAAACUGAGCUUGGAUGAGAUGUCCAGCGAUGAUGACGUCCUAAAGGAAAAGAGCAACAACCACAAUAAAGCCGUCACCUCCUCCAUGGGGUUCGGAAAGGACAUUAAAGACCUUCCCAAAGCAGCCGUGAGGAUCCUGAGCAAUGUGACCUUCCUAUUCGUCAGUUUGUCCUACACAGCCGAGAGCGCCAUCGUCACCGCCUUCAUCACCUUCAUCCCAAAGUUCAUCGAGUCGCAGUUUGGCAUCCCCGCAUCCAGUGCCAGCAUCUAUACAGGCGUGAUCAUCGUGCCGAGCGCAGGCGUGGGCAUCGUGCUGGGCGGCUACAUCAUCAAGAAGCUGAAACUGGGCGCCCGCGAGUCGGCCAAGCUGGCCAUGAUCUGCAGCGGCGUGUCGCUGCUCUGCUUCUCCACGCUCUUCAUUGUGGGCUGCGAGAGCAUCAACCUGGGCGGCAUCAACAUACCCUACACCACUGGGCCAACGCUAACAAUGACGCAGAGGAACUUGACGGGCAGCUGCAACGUCAACUGCGGCUGCAGAAUCCACGAGUACGCUCCCGUCUGCGGCUCUGACGGCAUCACCUAUUUUAACCCCUGCUUGGCCGGGUGCAGCAGCGUCGCCAACGACAGCAGCGGCAUCCGCAACUACUCGGAGUGCACGUGCGUGCAGAGCCGUCAGGUAAUCACGCCGUCGUCGGGAGGGCCGGGCAGCAACCAGCUGCAGCUGGUCAUUGUGAAGACGUACCUUAACGAGAACGGAUACGCCGUGUCGGGGAAGUGCGACCGCACCUGCAGCACGCUCAUCCCCUUCCUCGUCUUCCUCUUCAUCGUCACGCUCAUCACAGCCUGCGCUCAGCCCUCCGCCAUCAUCGUCACGCUCAGGUCAGUGGCCGAGCAGGAGCGACCGUUUGCAUUGGGAAUGCAGUUUGUUCUGCUCAGGACGCUUGCGUACAUACCGACGCCCAUCUACUUCGGCGCCGUGAUCGACACCACGUGCAUGCUGUGGCAGCAGGACUGCGGCGUGCACGGCUCGUGCUGGGAGUACGACGUCACCUCCUUGCGCUUUGUGUACUUCGGCCUGGCCGCCAGCCUCAAGUUCCUGGGCUUCCUGUUCAUCUUCCUCACCUGGUACUCCAUCAAGUAUAAGGAGGAGCGGGUGGAGCGCUGGCUCAAGCGCCACCUCUCGCCUGCCGAUACGGUGGGCAGCCUCGUGUGCCACCCUGGGGGCCACAAGGGCCACGCCCGCACCCGGUCCUGCCCCGUCAACAUCCCCCGCAGCGAGCACGCGGCGCCACCCCCCACCUGCGUGCCGCCCCGCGCCGGUGCCCUCAACCGCGGUGUCAGCACCCAGAGUUGCCCCGGGAACGAGUUUAAAGCAAUAACGCCGCCACCACCGUCUGCCCCAACCGCACCGGCGCGCUCCCUGGAGCAGGUGGCGGUGCGUGUUUAACUGUCGGCCAAUCAAAUGCGGACUUUAGAAUGACGGCGUGGACGCUGAGUUGGCAAUAUGCUGAGCCAACACGAACAUCAUGGUCAGCUGACAUUUUAUGUUAGCACGGUGCCAAAAAAAAAAAAAAAAAAAAAAAAAAAACACCCACCAAACCACUCCCACCUGAACUCAGCCCUCAGUCACCUUGACGACACAAAUAUGCACACGUGGACAUGUGACACACCAGGACACCCAUGACAUGGUGCUACACAACAGUACCACAUUUUUAGCACCUCACUGCUGUGUAAGGGUACCUAAAGGGUAAAGCAGUUUGCUUCACUCGGUACCAAAGUGACCGUAACACUUUAUGGCACCCACUUUAGUUCACUGGAUCCAAUUUGUUUGAAUUUCCGUGGGCAAAUGUUGCAAGGGGUUCCAAAGGAUCUGUACCAUUAUUAUUUUUUUGGCACACUUCUUCAGUGGAAUUACAUUUGUUGCAUUUCACGUAUUAAAAGUACAAAACGAAGGGUACAAGGAGCGUAGAUGUUCCAGUUUUUGGCACCCUCCCUCGGUGUUGUGGUACCUAAAAACAAGAAGCUACACAGUUUGGUUCACUUUGGUAUCCCUCAAACAUUAAAAAAAAAAAAAUGUCAUUCCAAACUAACCAUAUCACUAUUUGGAGUUAGAACACGCACUCGCCAGAUGCCAACUUAGUAAGUCGCUAGCGUCGCUUAUAAAUUGCGCCAAAUAUGGAAGGAGCGUGUGCAAACUAUGUAAGGAGUGUGUGUGUGUGUGACUUACUAAGUUGCGUGUAAGAGAUACACAACGAUUGUGUGUAACUGACUCAUUUCCAUGUCGAGGUGCAUACGUUGUGUGUGUGUGUGUGUGUGUGUGUGAGACCCAUGAAAGGAACAUGUGCGACUUACUGAAUUUUGCACAUGAGAUACAGUGCCGUGAAAAAGUUUUGGCCACCUUCUCAAAUUCUUAGUUAUUUUGCAUAGUUUUGCCACUUUUUGCCUUGGAACUCUGGAACUCAUGGAUGCUGUUUUUGUGGAGUCAUGAACACUGACCUUAAAAGAGGCAAGUGAGGCCGGCAGAUCUUUAGAUGUUGUCCUGGGUUACUUUGUGACCUCCUAGAUGAGUGGUCACUGUGUUCUUGAGGUAAUUUUUGUAGGCCGGCCACUCCUCGGACGGUUUACCACUGUUCCAUGUUCUCUCCACUUGAGAAUAAUGACUCUCACUGUUGUUCGCUGGAAUCCUAAAGUUUUAGGAAUGGCUUUGUAACCCUUUCCAGACUGAUAGAUGUCAGUUACUUUGUUUCUCAUCUGUUGUUGAAUUUCUUUGGAUCGUGGCAUUUUGUUGCAGCUUUCUGAAAUCUUUGGCCGACUUCAUUUUGUCAAACAGGUUCUACUUAAGUGAUUUCUCUGAUUAGCCAGAAUGAAUUCUCUAUUUAACAUGGGAGUCCCAUUACGUUUUCACACAGGGUGAGUUAGCUUUGAAUAUAUAUAUUUUUUUCUUAAUACAUAAAAUCACCAUUUAAAAACAGCAUUUCAUGUUUACUUGCGUAAUCUUUGCCGGAUAUUUGCAUUUAUUUGACGGUCUUGAAUUUUAAAGUGGGGAAACUAUGGAAAAAUAGAAGAAUUAGAGAAGGGGGCCAAUCAUUUUUAAAGGCACUGUAUUAUAAUAAGGGUGUGCAAUUUACAAAGUUUGCGUGUGCGAGAUAUGUAAGGCACGUGUUCUAGCUGGCACACACAACAAAAAUAAAAUACGUCCAUGUCGUCUUUUGAGUCCCAUAGAAAUAUAUUUUUUUUAUCACUUCCUAAUCGUAGAUCAACUUUCUCCCACACACGCAAACACACACUCGUCUGUCUCCAUGACAACAAGGUCACAUGACGUUCGGGCGCAAUGCAUUGUGGGGGAAGCUCAAGCUAUUAGCGUCCUCGAACGUUUUUUUUUUCUUUUUUUUUUUUAAAGGAACACUGAUAAACACUGAUUUUCAGCCUGUCGUUCACAUCAAUGCAUUAACUCUUGCGUAAGCAAUGUGAGCAGAUGACCAGCAAACAGGAAACUGCUGGUGUCACGUGAUCACAGCUUCUCUGUUGAUUGGUUGUCGUUUUAAGUGUCGCCUGCUGGUGACCUCUGGAACUGCAAGUGACAACCAAAAGGAUUUCGGCCACAAUAAGCCUCCUUGAGUCAUGUGACAGCCAGGUCGGAUUAAAAAAUAAUAAUUAUAAUCACAGUAUUUUUGUUUGUUUUCCGAGGUUACCUCACCGGCACACCGCGUUGACGUCUGUGCGUCAAAAAUGUGAACAAAAGAAAUAAUAAUAAUAAUAGUAAUAAUAAAAACUCUUCUCAUGC